GUCGCAGACGACCGCGGCCUUUCCCCUCUGGCAGUGGCAGCAUCAACGCGCCGUUCACAGACACUGGGCACUGUCCGCGUUCUCGUGGCCGCUGGAGCAGAGCCACUUGAGGUUUUAAAGAAGAUGGACCGCCAGCAGACCGCUGGCGAUCCCGCGGCCAGUGGGAUCAAGAAGGCUUUGGUUCAUGGAGCGUUGGCGGGAUCCAUGUGGCACCGCCUGGAGAAGCUGAUUUGCGAGGCUGGGGGCAAGGUGAGCAAGGAGGAGUUUGAGGAGAUGCUUCAGCGCUGCCGCGUUGAUGAGACUGUGUCCAAGUACUUACUGCAAGCCUUGGAAGCAGCGAAGGACAACUGGACGAGCGAUGAGAUUUGGAAGCUCUUGUCGACUGCAGAGAAGACCUCCCGCAGGAGAAAGAGUUCAGUAAAGGACCAGGUGAACCCGUCGGGAGCGGAGGAUGACUGGCGAAAGCGUGUCGUCUCCCCCGAGCCCGACGGUGACACCGUCGAUGUUGCUGCGACGAAAGCGCUGCAGGCUCUCCUCGCUUCAAGCGAGUCUCCCCAGAAAGGCUAUCCGAAGCCCUCCGCCGAGGCAUCUCCAACUUCGCCAUUCUCCCUGAGCCCGAAAACCGUGCGCACGGACAGUGACUGUGUGGAGACUGCCAGCUCUACCAUUUCCAGCCCGAAGGCUGUGCUCAGUGGAUCGCAGUCUGAGGACGCACUUCGACCAAGCGCUCCCCGCCGCCCACCGCGGCCACGACGUCAGGACCAACGGCGUGAUGAGCCACGCUGCCAGGGUGGUCCCAGGGCAACAUCUAUGCGGAGCUUUCGAGCGACAGCCCGCUCGCUGUCCUUGGGUGCCAGCGCGGUGUUGCAAAGUGUCCGCCAUGCAUCUCCUGGUGCAGGAGCUAUUUCGCGUUCGCCGCGUGAGGUGAAGACCGCCUCAGACCGUCGUGCGAAGUCAUCGAACCUGGCUCAGGCUUUGCCGCCGAGAGAAGCAGCCGCACCAGCGGAAACCACAGCCGGAGGGAAGAUGCACAGCUUCCGCGGUGUUCGGCCGCGUUACCUAGACCACCUUCAAGGAGAGACCCGGGACCUCACCGCAGGCGCGCUGCGGCCGCCCCGGAAGAGCAGCCGAGGGCCUCCCCGCACUGCAGCCCUGGACAUGGUCUGA